AUGGAUCCUCCUGCGGGCUUUGUGCGAGCUUAGAAUCCAGCUGUCGCCGCCCCCAAGAGCCCAGGGUCCCCAGAGGGUGCGUAUUUCCGGACUGCCCACCGCCCUGCUCACUUCGGUAGCAGCUGCCCGGGCAGAGUUCAGAACCACCCCACUGCUCCUUGGCUGUCCAGCCCCCAGUCGCCAGCCGAAAUGCCGGUCAAUUUCACCGGGUACUGGAAGAUGCUGUCCAACGAGAAUUUCGAGGAGUACCUGCGCGCUCUCGAUGUGAAUGUGGCCUUGCGCAAGAUCGCCAACUUGCUAAAGCCAGACAAAGAGAUCGAACAGGAAGGCGAUCAUAUGAUCAUCCGGACGCUGAGUACUUUUAGGAACUACAUCAUGGACUUCCAUAUCGGGAAGGAGUUUGAAGAGGAUCUGACAGGCAUAGAUGACCGCAAGUGCAUGACCACGGUGAACUGGGAUGGGGACAAGAUCGAGUGCGUGCAGAAGGGUGAGAAAGAGGGGCGCGGCUGGACCCAGUGGAUCGAGGGCGACGAACUGCACCUGGAAAUGAGAGUGCAAGGUGUAGUCUGCAAGCAAGUGUUCAAGAAGGUACAGUGA